AUGAACUCUCUAUUCAAUAGUACAACUUCCCAUUACUUAUUUAAGUCCAAAUCUUCACCAAUUCAAAUCACCAAAAUUAAAACCAAUUCAUCAAAUUUGAUUUUGCAGCUCUUCACAACACCAUGUCCUCCGCGGCCCCGCCGCCUCUGCCGCCAGGCCGCCCACAUCCACCACCACCACCCGUUUCACGUGGCCUUUUACUGGUGCAAAGAGGCCCAGUUCCUGUUUCCGGGUUGGCCCGAUAACAAGCCGGGCAUGUAUGCGGUGUCACUGGUUUUUGUAUUCGCUUUGGCCAUUUUCGCCGAGUUUUUGUCGAACCUCAAUUUGGUCAAACCGGGUUCGAACCGGGCGGCGAUGGUUUUCUUUCAGACCGGGUUCCAUGCGGUUCGGGCCGGAUUCUCGUAUUUGGUGAUGUUGGCCGUGAUGUCGUACAAUGGUGGCGUGUUUAUUGCGGCCGUUUUGGGCCAUGCGAUUGGGUAUGUUAUGUUCGGAAGUGGGCUUAGAAAAGGAACUAAGCCCAAUUGA